CCCUCCCUCCCCCAGGCGUCACUGCUGUCCUAACUGCUCCUCAAAUGAUGGAGCUGGUCAUGUUCCAUCUGCAGCCGGUCCUGCAGGGCUUCAACCGCUCGCUGGAGCACCUGAGCCGACAGGUGGGGGACCUGGCCCAGGACGUGGCCCAGCUGAAGAGCAGCCAGCAGGGGGCGAAGCUGCAGGCGGGCGUCCUGGAGGAGCCUGAGCACGACGAGGCGGUGGAGGAGCGGCUGGAGGCCAAACUGGAGGAGGUGUUUGAGCACAUCAGGGACGUUCGGGCGCAGAUGCACGGUCAGCGGAUGGACCUGGAGAACAGGCUGCACUCCCAGCAUGCAAUGCUGCACUACAACCUCACCAGCUUCAAGACGGACAUCGACAUGAAGCUGAAACGCCACCAGAAGACGCUGCAGGUCAGCCUGCAGGCGAUGAACACCACGCUGUCGGAGCUGAAGGUCGACCAGGAUCAGAUCACAGAGACGCCGCCGGACGAUCGGCUCCCUCGUUCCUCCCUGCCCCCCCACCAGCUGCCGCCGCAGCCCUCAGGCUCCUCCUCUCUGUGGGACGCCAUCGAGCGACUGGACAACAUGGUGGUCAACAACACGGUGAAGGUGAGCGGGCUGAUGGAGGACGUGGACGUGACCUUGGGGAGCGUCCAGCAGCUGAGGUGGGACUUCACGCAGCUGGAGAAGCUCAUCAACCAGACGGCACGAAACACUCAGAUCCUGUUCAUGGAGACAGGGCUGGAGGUGGAGGCCGCCAAGGUGGGGGUGCUGGGGCGGGUGGAGGAGCUGGCGUUGAACCUGACGCAGCACAGUAAGCAGCUGCAGGAGGUGGAAGUGGACACGGACUACCUGUUCACCGCCCUCUACCAGAACCACUCAGCCGCAAACUGCGACUGCAAAGGGCUGACGGCCGCCGUGGCUCUGCUGGAGAGGAGCGUCGCCAACGUGACGGCGUUGGCUAACGAGAACAAAAUGGCCCUGGACGAGGACAACGCAGGAGAGGUGGAGCAGUGGGGCGGGGCCAGCGACUGGGAGCCGGCAGUGGAAGCAAUUCAACAUGGCCUCCAACAGGUGAAGGAGUCUCUGGUCUCAGAGCAGAACAGGACCAGGACUCUGGACCGCACCCUGACCCGGCUGAGCAGCUCGCUGACGGACGUCCAGGCCGAGGUCGGGGGUCUGCGGGAGCGGGACACGAGGCUGAAGGAGGAGAUGCAGCAUCUGGCGAGCUCCUUCAACUCUCUGCUCAAAGACACCAUUCGACACAAUGACGUGCUGGAGCUGCUGCUGGGGGAGGAGGUGUUGGAGUUCCUGGAGUGGCCCUACCAGGACCAGGAGGCCAACUCCAUCCCGGCCCUGAAGAAGGAGCUGAGGCACCUGCAGGAGCAGCUGAGCGUUCACAACCUGAGCAUCAGGUCGCCGCUCGACAGCCGGACAGGAGGUGGAGAGGAGGUGCCACCUGCUGACCAGCCCUCCUCCUCACACCUUCCUCCUGACCACUGGCUUCCUGGUGACAUGAGGAGGAGCGAUGCUGGAGAAACAUCCAGGGAGCGACAGCUUCUCCUCCACCCUGACGGGAGGCGACCAGUGGACCUGGGAGGAGACGGCAGCGAUCUGUGGAACCUGGAGAAAACGGUGGAGGAGCUGGACCUGAAGGUGCAGCAGCUGGAGGAGAAACCCUGCCCCUGCCCCACCGCCCCCACCCCGGGGGAGGUGCAGCCCAGGGGUGAGGCCGCCAAGCUGCAGGCGGAGGUGACGUGGCUGAAGAGAGGCCUGGAGGAGCACCUGAGGGUUUUCAAUAACGUGUUCAUCAACGCAGACGUGCUGGUGGGAUCCGAGGAAACGCUGGACCUCGACAAACUGUCGCAGCUCGUGAAGAACCGAGACGGGAAGAAAGAGAAGAGGAAGAAAGGAGGAGGAAGAAAGGACGGAUCAGGAAGAGGAGGAGACCAUCGACACAAGAGGGGUUCAUCAGGUGUUCCUGUGCUGUUCGACCAAUCAGAAGUCUCCCUGAUGUUCGUGGCGGGAUCUCCGCUGCGCCUCUCGGACAGCGUCAUCACAUUCGAUGCGUCUCUGAACCGGGGUCAGUUUCGCUCGGACACCGGCACCUUCACGGCUCCGGUGGGCGGGCUCUACCUGUUCAUCCUCACCUUGGACCUGAGGCCGGGCCCCGCCCACGUGGUCCUGCGGAGGGCGUCGGGCGGAGCUCCAGCGUCUCUACACCAAUGGGUGGUGGCGGAGGCGGGGCCAGCUACAGGUGUGAGCCUCCUGAUGCUGAGGGAGGGGGAGGAGGUGAGGCCUGAACUGAGGGGAGGAGCAUGGACGGAGUCAGAGGACAAUGUGUUCACCGGGUUGCUGCUCCAAAAGACCACCUGAGGGCGCUGUGGUGCGAUCAGGUAGCUACUGGAGGACAUUGAGAGAAGAACAUUGUGUUUGGUGUUUCCUGCGUCACUCUGCCGACGCCGCUCGCUCACUUGUACCAGAUCAGCUGCUUCUGUCUGAGGAGGAGAAACACUCGUGCUCACAUCACAAACUGCACCAGAGGAGCUCUGCUCUGAAAUCUACGUCAGAAAGUUGAGUUGAAUUCCCGUCUUUGGAAAAAUCUUUGUUUUAAGGAAAUUUUUAUUUUAACAUAUUUUACAUUAAGAAAAUAUUUGUUAUGUAAAGUCAUAAGUUUGUGAUGUUUGUAAAGUGCCGCCAAUAUUAUUGUGUAAAAAAACACAGAGCCGUAUAUAUUUAUAUAAACAGCUGAGCCGGAUUUGUGUUUUCACAAUGAAAACUCAUUCACAGAAAAGACGUGUCACAAAAUAAAAUGUUCUUAUCUACGGACGAGUCUGUGAUGUCACGACGCCACAGGAGUCGACUGACAUGAACUUAACUGUUGCUUCAUCUGACGUCUUCACAAAUACAGAGCCACUUUUUUAUCAGCGCAUUUAUUCAGUCGCAUUUCGAGAAUUUUAAAGCUCUGCAAAGUAAAAAAAAAAAAAGUUUGAGGAAAAGUGAGCUCCUGAUAAUCCUCCUCCUCAUCUUCAUCAUCUUCAUCAUCAUCGAGAUGCCAUGAAGUCUGACGAAAGAAAAAACUGGCGGAAAGAACCGAUGAACAAGUGAAAGAAUCACAUGAGACGAGGAAGAUUUCCAUUAAACAUUUUAAUAAUCUGUUGAUCUACAGUGUAGAAAAAUAAGCAUCAAAAAUAUACCCCCCAAAAAAUCAACAAAAUAAAAUCUGGCGAAGCAAAAAAGCCAAAAGAAAAAUACUCUGACAUAAUGAACAAAUUAAUUUCUCUUCAUUUGAAUUAUCCACAGUUUGUUUUGCAUCGAUUCAGUUUUCAACUCAGGUCCGGUCCGAAAUAUGAAAUAAAAUCUGAUUUUAUUCUGAAAAGAUGCCUUUAUUUUGUUCAGUCCCGAUUAUUACAACUUAAAAAUUAAAAUAUUUUUACCCAUUAAAAUAUUUUUAACACACAACUUUCUGUACUUUAAGUGAAAAAUUGAAAUUGUUAUCUUCAAGUGAAAUAACUUAAAAUUUAUUGUUUUUACAAUUUUCUGGAAUUUCGACUUGGGUUCGUUUGUUUAAGCUCAGCCGAGGCACCAGGCGGGUGGGGUCAGCCCCAGGUUUCUUGGCAGUCGGACAGAAGUCUCUCAGUCUGUUGAUUAACAGCAUCCUUGAUUUUCUUUCUUUUUUUUUUUUAAGGUGUUUGUUCAGAAUCUACUGAACCAAUUGCACGUGGUCUGAGUAGAGACACAGGAGAAGCUCCUCCCUUAAUAACGGGAGAGACGUCGAAACAAAUCAGCAACGAGCAAAAGAAGGAAAUCUAUCUCCAACACUUGUGAAGUGCACUACAUUAGAGUUACAUGCAGUCGAGUCACUGCACUAAAAACAUCUGCAUAUAUCCUCAUUACAAUAAUUGUAAAGCAAAGACGAGCGAGGCUCUCGAGGCUAGAACACGUCUGAAAACAUCAUGCUAAAUAUUAGCUGCAACUCGGUCAAAAUAAAAGCUUUACUGAUUCGUCUAAUAUUCUCUAACGACAGGAAAUCAGCCUCAGGUUACGCACGACGAGGCCGGACACUAGCUCACUUUAUAAAAUUAGAUCAGGUCUAUAGCAGAGUAUACGCAGGUUAUGCAGGUAGAAUAGUUUUAGAGAAUCUACAAACAACUCAGUCUGACGAGCCUACAAAAAUAAAUAGAGGAGUACGUCGAGUAAAUUUAAAUUCAGUCUGAGGAAGGAGCUGCUCUUCUACUUCCUGUCACGUGUCCUUCAUUUCCUGUGACGAUGUGCUCACCUUCAGAUCAAAGACAGUGAAUAAAGAUGGACGACUUGUCUCCGUGGUGUCGAGGUCCCGUCUCCACGAGUAACCUCAACUACUUGGGCCCAUGUCCCCUCUGCUCACAUGGAGGAGGCGGGGUUAACGACCUAUACUGCAGUCAGCCACCAGGGGGCGAUCUAGGCAUUUUAGCUUCACUUCCUGGGAGCCGUCAUAUUUUCCAUCUUUAUUUAGAGUCAAAGUUCUGAACACGUCGACCUGCUGCUCGGUCACAUGACGCUUCGUCUUCGUCAGAAAGUUAAAUGUGCUUAAAAUCCAGCAAACGUUCAGAGACGUGAAGGACUGAGCAUCUGCAGGAGGGA